UUUUGAGGUAUAUUUUUUUUUUUUUGGUUGUUUUUUAGUUUCUUCAUACUUUUUGUGUUUAACACUGUCUAUUUUCUUUCAUUUUUGUGGAAAAAAUAUAUUAGAUGGGUGCAACAGGUCUCAAUGUUGAUUCUAACAUUGAACUUGAAGAUGACCCAAUUCCCGUUGAAGAAACUCCUCUUGUUGACAAGAGGAAAUCUAAGAAACCCAUAGCGCUGACGUCUCCGUUUAUGGAGUAUGACUCUUCCAUUUCUAGUUCUAAAGAUGGUUCUGGUUAUGGAGUUGUUAAGUAUGUGGCUGGGUUGUGUCCUCUCGAUGAUAAGAUUGGUGAAGAUGUAGAACAUAAAGACGAGAUUGAUUUUGACUUGUGGCUUGGUGAAGGACGCCGAUCGAAGAAAGAUCCGCAUGAUAAGGAGAAGGUUUACUUGAAGGGUAAGGAUAAGAUUGUUCCCCCUUUUCGUUUUGGCGUGGAAGAUGUUGCAACCAAGAUGUGGUUCCACAAGCUUGCAUAUCCUGGCCAAUGUUUGACUAAUUCUCAUCUGGACAUCAUUUUUUACUAUCUACGUAAAAAAGGAAAGUAUGCAAAGGAGCCAAAGGUUAAGUUCACAACCACCGAUUGCUUAUUCUUCAAAACCAUUCAUGCUUUGUAUGAAAAAUUUAUUACUGAAUCACAUUGGAUUCUUGGUCGAUUGAAUAUUGAGGAAAGGCGUGUGUACAUGUACAACUCCUUGUCGACUGCUAUGAAAGAUAGUGCUGCUAUCAAAGCUUGUCAGCCAUUUGCGGUGUUGUUGCCCCACUUUUUUGCUUUGUUUGAUGAGUUCAAAAAGGAAAACAAACCGGUUUGUUUAGACCCUUUCGAAGUUGUUAAGGUUGAUGGUUUGCCUCAACAAACCUCGAAGUAA